CUCUCUCUGGUGUCUUUCUCCACCUCUUCAUCUGCGAGAACCUCUCAGGCGUGCUCGCUCUUCUUCCAGACCCUGACGGUUCAGUAGCACUUGGGACAAAGUCUGUCACUGGAGCUCCAACAGCAAAGAUGGCAAUGACCGGCAUCCUCAAAGCUGAUGACAUCAAGAAAGCUCUAGAUGCAUUUGCAGUUGCUGACUCCUUUGACCAUAGGCGCUUUUUUGAGAUGGUGGGCCUGAAGGGCAAAUCUCUACCUGAUGUGAAGAAGGUCUUCUACAUGUUGGACGCUGAUAAUAGUGGAUUCAUAGAGGAGGAUGAACUUAAAUUUGUUCUGAAGGGAUUUGCCAAAGAUGGCAGGGACCUUACAGACAACGAAACCAAAAGAUUUCUGGAAGCCGCAGACAUGGAUGGAGACGGCAAGAUAGGAGUGGAUGAGUUUGUAGCCCUGGUGUCUAAGUAAAAGCCUGAGCUGACUGACUCCUGUUCCAUGAUCACCUCCUGAAACCCACCCACCCUCAAGCAUCGUCACCUUACCCCAACCUGGUCCGACUCCAAGCCCAAACAGCUGCAGCGCACACACACACACACACACACACACACACACACACACA